GUGCGGUGCCAGCGCGGGGCCGGGCUGCGGCGGCGCGGAGGCGCGGGCCGGGCCCCCGCGGCGGCGCGCAGCCCCGGGCGGCGGCGAGCCGGGGCGGCUGUGUCGUUGCAGGCGGCGGCGGCGGCGAACCGGAUGCCUUUGGCGGUGGAAGAUGUGUCAUGGGAAGCAGGCGAGCGGCGGCGGUGCCCUCCCGGCGGCGCGGCGGCGGGCGCUGGCCGCCGCGCUGUGGCUGCAGCUGGCGCUGAGCCUCGGCCCGCGGCCGGCGGCGGGCGGGUUUGAUGACCUACAUGCUUGUGCUGAUCCUGGAGCGCCUGAACACGGAUACAAGACACCCAGUGCAGGUGUUUUCUUUGAAAGUGUGGUAGUCCGGUUUCAUUGCCAAGAAGGAUACAGGCUUAAUGGUACUUCAAAAAAACUUUGUGUGAGACACUUUAAUGGCUCCCUGAGCUGGAAACCCAGUGAUAAACCUGUGUGCCUACAAGAAGUCACAGAUUGCCUUGUUCCACAUGUUGAAGAUGCAGAGAUUCAUAACAAGACAUACAGGACUGGCGAUAAGUUAAUAAUCCGCUGUCACGAAGGCUUCCAGAUCCGUUACCCUGACUUAGACAACCUGGUUUCAGUAUGUCAAGACGAUGGAACAUGGGACAAUCUGCCCAUUUGUCAAGGUUGCCUGAGGCCAUUGGCUCUUCCUCAUAGUUACAUUAACAUAUCAGAGCUCGAGUCCUCCUUCCCGGUGGGAACAGUGGUGUAUUACCAGUGCUUCCCUGGAUAUAAACUAGAAGGGGCAGAGGUCCUUGAGUGCAUGUAUAACCUUAUCUGGUCAGAUAGCCCACCUAGGUGCCUUGAUGUGGAAGUGUGUCCCCUGCCUCCGAUGGUGAGUCACGGAGAUUACAUCUGCCACCCGCGGCCCUGCGAGCGCUACAACCAUGGCACUGUGGUCGAGUUUUACUGCGAUCCCGGCUACACCCUCACCAACGACUACAAGUACAUCACGUGCCAGUACGGAGAGUGGUUCCCCUCCUACCAAGUGUACUGUGUCAAAACAGAACAAACCUGGCCAAACACACAGGAGACCCUCCUGACUACAUGGAAAAUAGUGGCGUUUACUGCUACCAGCGUUUUAUUAGUACUUCUACUGGUUAUUUUAGCCAGGAUGUUCCAGACCAAAUUUAAGGCACAUUUCCUUCCAAGAGGCCACCAGGAGGGCUCCGCGAGCGACCCCGACUUUGUGGUGGUGGACGGCAUUCCUGUCAUGCUGCCUUCCUACGACGAAGCCGUGAGCAGUGGCUUGAACGCUCUGGCACCUGGAUACUCUGCUGCCACAACAGACCAGGGGCACCUUUUGCAGGCAGAUCAGAAUCCGCCAGCAUAUCCCGGCCCCAGGAUCGCAGACCCACUGCCUGGUGAAUUUGAGACCUGUGGUAGUAUAUCGGGCUCCUCUGAACUCCUCCAAAGCUUAUACUCGCCCCCAGCAUGCCAGGCGGGCGCGCUUCCAGCUGCAGACAGGACGGACAUGUCCCACAGCACCGCCGGGGAGGCUGCAUCCACGAGUCCGCGGGUCGAUAUCGCCGACGAAAUUCCACUGAUGGACGAAGAGCCUUAGCCUGCACAGAGAGGUGUCACCAUUGCUUCGCCCCCUCGGGGGAAAUGAAUCAGGAGCACUUAGAGAUAGAAAAGACUAUCUCAGGAUUUGGGAGGGUCUUUUCUUACCUGCCAAUCUUCCACGGGAUGAUGUCACCAGAUUGUGUGCACAUCUUCAUCCACAGUGGGGAUAACCGCAUCAGCAUUUGGAGCAGCAGUUUUAUGAAUGAAUCCUGGGGAUUUGAUGAGAGCAGAUGUAGAAGAACAACUGUGGCUUUUUAGAAAUGAAAUGUAUAUCUGCAUCGCAGAAAGUCAUAUGGUUCUGUAAAAAUACUGUUGGAUUUUGAUACUAACUGCCUCACAAAAGCAUGUCAAAGUAUGUAUAUUUGCUUAUAAAGACUGCUUUAAAUGAUCUAUGGACCUCUAGUUUAUGAAGAAUCCUUAUAAGUUUAAAAAAAAAUAGAAUUGAAAUGCAAAAAGAGGAAAAGAUCCUCUUUCAGACCAUGUCUGCAGAAAAUAUAACAGAAAAGAUGGGAUUCAUAUAUACUUUGAUGUAUGAUAGCAAAUAUAUAUAAAUAUAUAUAUAUAUAUUUAAAAAUUCUUAGAGAGAAAGAAAAAGAAAGACUCCAGGUCACACCAUGAUCUGGAGAUUUUUUUAAAGGUAAGGCAGAAUUUAUAUCAUAUACAAUAUUCAAGAUAAAGUAUUGAUAUUUGUAUUUAUGCAAGACUUAUGUGACUACAUUGCAUUUGAUAAAUCCUGCUGUAAUAUGGAAGAUCUAUGAAGUGUUAAAAUUCUGAAAUAUUUGCUUAAGAAAUGUUGAACUGUCCUGUUUCAACAUUUCUUAAGCUCUUACAAAUAUAUAUACUAGAGUAAUCUACAGUCAUAGCCCAGAGCACUGCCUUGUCCCUGUCCUUUGUGGUAGUAUUCUGAGCCAUUAUUGUAGAGUACUUUUUAAUAAAAUAAUAAAGUUCAGUUUCAGUUCUUUUGACUUA